GCCACCAACGAGGAUGCCUGCACGCCUUUUACGGAGCGAUUCGAUGGGGCGGUACUAAUGGCGCGGCGAGGAAACUGCUUCUUUCAAGUCAAGGCGGCGCAUGCGGAGGACGCGGGAGCCGUGGCGCUCAUCGUGUACAACGACGACCGACCC